CUUCGCGUGUUCAAGCUCGCUCGCUCGUGGCCGACCCUCAACACCUUGAUCAAGAUCAUCGGGAACUCCAUGGGCGCUCUGGGCAACCUGACGCUCGUCCUCGCCAUCAUCGUCUUCAUCUUCGCCGUGGUCGGCAUGCAGCUGUUUGGCAAAAACUACCAGGACUGCGUGUGCAAGAUCUCCAAGGACUGCAUGCUUCCUCGCUGGCACAUGAAGGACUUCUUCCACUCCUUCCUCAUCGUCUUCAGGGUGCUGUGCGGCGAGUGGAUCGAGACCAUGUGGGACUGCAUGGAGGUCGCCGGUCAGCCGCUCUGCAUCCUGGUCUUCAUGCUGGUCAUGGUUAUCGGAAACCUGGUG